AUGAAAAGCCUUAUAAGCUUGAUUGUUCUUAUUGGACUUGCUAAUUGCAUAAAAUUUGGAACUUAUGAUCCAUACCUCGAUCCUGGGAGAAUAUUAUGACCAAAAGACACUUGGUUUAAUAACCCUAUAGAGCUCAGCCAAACUAAUGCUGGCUCGUCCAUCACCUUGACAAUUCAUUUCAGGCCUUCAACCUCAUUGACUUCAGGAACUGUCCAAAUCAUUUUUCCGCAGACCUAUUCAACAGAACUAAAUAAAGAAGCCACUCUUCCUAGUAAUUAUAACUUGCAAGCUGGGAAAGACAUUAGUGCUACCUAUUCUACAAUCCUUCCUAGCUCUGAAGGAGUUUAUGGGCCAAUCGGAAUUGUCACUAGGCACAAUGCUGAUGGACAAAUUGUAGAUGCAAAUUACCAUUUUGGGUUUAUUGCUAUAACUAGCUCAGCCCUCAAAGCAAAUCUUGAUGUUUCUAGAACUACCGCCAGUACUUCAAGUAAAAUCAGUACUAAUAACGCCCUUGAGUUUGCAUUUACCUUGACUUUUAGCCUUUGGGCUCAUGAUAUCAUUGAAAUCGUCCCAGAUUCUAACUGGACCCCAAAAUCAGGGAUUACCUGCCAAUCAGUGGGAAGCCCAAAUCUUCUCUUUAGCUCAAGUAAUUCAAACUCUUUACCUUGUGCACUCGCAGUCAAAAGCUCUUCAUCACUUGGAGUUGCAGUUGGGGCUGAUUCGACCGAUAUUUCUAAUGAUAGUAUUUAUAUUUAUGGGAUUGCUAAAGAUGUUUAUGUGUCUGCUGGAUCAAGUUCAAAUUUUUACACUGUUAAGCUUGAUGUAAAUUAUUUUGUAUCACCACCAUUUGCAACCAGUUCAAGCAGCUGGACUAUUAAUGUUUGACGAUGGGGAACCAAUAACUUGCUUGCUAAAUAUACUACAACUACAGGGCCUGGGUCAUCAGCAGGAUUGGCUACUUUUAUAAAUUGGGAAAAUCAAAAUUAUCCUUCUAAUAAUGCUAUGCAGAGUCAAGUUAUUUUUACUAAAGUUACAGUUGGUACUAAUAAUCCCCUUCCAGCUUUAAGUACUUUGACUGUUGCUUUUACCAAUGUUGAUAUAUAUAAUACAGCCUGGUGGUCAGAUUUAGAUGGCUCGACUGAAAAAGCGAGUGGCCUGUGCCAUGUUACUCCAGCUAUUUCUGGUGCGAGCUGUGAAGCAACCUCUGAGACCACUGCAACUGUAACAUUUGCAGAAGAAUGAGCUAAAGGAUCAGUAUCAUUUGUGGUAUUAAGCAAGUUUAUUGGAGAAUCUCCAAAAGUUUAUAAAAUUACUACUUAUUAUGGUUCAACUAGCAAUAUUGUAGAUCAAAGUGAAACCAAUCCUGGUGAAUUUGUGAUUACCUCAGCGUCAUCAACUAAUUAUAGGAUUCCUGAUGUUGCUUUGCAUGCUCUUCCUUCUUCAACUGCAUCAUAUCCUCAACUUAAUACUGGAAGUGGUUAUAGUCCAUAUUCUCUAUAUAACUCCAAUAAUGUAAACCAAGGAGGACUAAAUAGCCAAUCUAUCUUUAUUCGCACAACUCCAGGCAGCACAAAUUCAUGGGGAGGAACUUCUGGUGCUGCAGCUAGUUUAACUUUUUAUUUCAACUGGGCAACAUCAAUUGAGUUUGAUACUUUUAACUAUGUCUAUCUUGGGAGUACAAUUAAUGAUUACAUCAAUACUGCUACUAGCUUAGGAUCAUCAACAGCUGGAGAUCGUGUCUUAGAAGCAGCAAGCCCUCCCACUUCUCCUAUAUUAUCAAGCAAAAACAAAAUUUCUGUAUCAUUUUCAGCCUCUUCAAGUUCUCCAUCUGUAGCAUAUGGUAACUACUAUAUUUUAAGAAUUUCGGACUCAGGUCUGCCUUUCAUAGCAUCCAACAAGGCAACUUUUUAUGAAAUCUGGGCAAUAGCAACCUAUGCAGCCACGACUGAAAUUGGCAGCUCAGUUAUUUCAGUGCUUCCUCAGAAAACUUCAUCAAAGCUCUAUGCAUUGCUAGCUUGCAAUGACCAGCUUGAUGGGAUUCCGAUCGUUGUCUACUUUGAGCCAAUAAACACCAGCUUUGAUUUUUCUUCCCAUGCAUACGCAAUUGAUAUUGAAAUAGGUAAUGGAUAUGACUGAUAUAAAGGAUUUAUGGGUACUGGUAUUAAGAUAACGGAUAAUGGUGGAACUUUGACUAUCAAUAGCCAUUUUUUAUCUUCUAGUUCUUCUGCUACUGCUAGCUAUAUAUUUUCUGGGACAACACUAACUAUUACUCUUAAAAAUCUUGGAUUUACUUCUAUAAAUACACCAACAAAGGUAACCACUUAUUUUCCAAGUGCAGUUGCCUCGCUUGGCAUAACUCAUUUUUCAGUAAGCACAUAUUUUUAUGUCGUCAAGCCAUCUGAUCCUUUGGCCAAACAAAUUCUUUAUAAAUCUUCAUAUACAUCUUGGGAUAUUCAAACAACUCUUAAACCUUUUGACUCUUCUUCAGCAGGAGCAAAAACUUCAGAUUCCUCCACCUGGUAUAUUGGAGCUUCAGAAGGUAUCACAAUAUCCAACAAACUUAAAAGCAGCACUUCAGCAACUGCAAUAUCGUCUAACUAUAUGAUUGGGAUUGGUUUAUCAGCAGGAUUUACUUUUUCCUCAGUUCCUUCCUAUUCUGUAGUAGUUGACACAGCAACAGCGGCAACUUCGCCUACCUCUACGACAUAUUAUUUAAGCUCUUCAAGUGACUAUGGAGCUGGUGGGUUUAUUAUGGCCUAUGGAUCAUCAUGGGGCUCUGCAGCACCUACUUCUGGUGGGAUUGAUUAUAAUCUAGCAGUUACCAAUCUACAAAGUCCAAACCACUCUAGCUCAAGUACUUGGAAUGUAUGGGUGGCAGCCGAUUCGCCAGGAUUAGAUUGCAAAUAUUCAAAAUCUUAUUCUGAAAAUAUCAUCAUUAAAGAAGCAGCUUUGAACACACCUAAAUGCUAUUCUGAUUCAGAUACUAUUAUGGGAGCUAGUGCAGACUCUGUUAAUCUGUCAAUGAAUUUUGAAUUCUCUACUAAAAUUAAGGUGCCAAAAGGCGGCUUCCUUAAAUUUUCUUUACUUUCGCCCAUCCUUGAGCGAAACAAAUUAUCAUUAUUCUAAGGAUUGUAAAAAUUUUAUAAUAUUUUUUUAUAUAAAACAUUUUGUGUAACAUGUAAGCAAAUAUCAAGAGAUCGCGUUAUAAUUUUCCAAGAGCGAUGCAGUAUUAUUUCUAAGACUAAUUAUUAUAAAAGAUAAUAAUUAGAUUUUAAGAGAUUGAGAGGAGUUGGUUUUAUGCCUAAACCGUUUUAAUCUUCAAUGGGAUUGCUUGAUCAAAGAUAGGAGUUAGAAAAUUCAUGGUCAUGGCCAUCCUCAGGCUACUCCUCAUCCUCAAUGCCAGCAUCUUAUUCAGUUUCCGGAAGUACCCUGACAGCUAGUCUUUAUGCUGAUCUUCAAAUUGGGACAUACACUAUUGUGGUAAAUGGAGUUCUACCUCCACCAAAUAGUUGAUCUUCUACCAUUGAAAAAGACUGCUUUUAUUCAUUAUCAACUCAAACCAGCCAAGGUGAUAAAAUCGAAUUCUGGUAUUCAUCUGGAGCAUCUCAAACACGAAUUACCUCAUCUGCUUCUGUAGAACCUGGAAAUUCUUAUGUAACUAUCAAUUCAUAUCCAAGCUCCCCAUACGUGGUAGUUGAUAUCUUACUUACUUUUUACUUCGACAAAAAAGUUCCUGCUGGCAGCUAUCUUGAAAUUUCCACCCCUAUAGAUGUGCCUUGGUCUUAUCCUGCAUGAUCAGCUACCAUUAAAGACUACUGCUGAGCUAAUGUUAUAUAUAGCAGCUGCGCAGUUACUGAUAGUUCUACAAUUAUUAUGUACCUAGCUGAGCCUAUACUUUUAGGAACCACAAUCAAUAUUUAUCUCGAUAGCGCAAUAAAGUUUUCAGAUCCAAACAAAGCAGGAGACUUUUUAAUUUCUGCUUAUUGGGGGCCUAACUCAAUUCAAAUUAUAGAUGGCUCAUCUGGUAUAGGUAAAAAUUCAGUCAAGUUUUUAGUAUAUGAUACGUAUUCAAUAGACUUAAGUGGCUGAAAUGAUAUUAAAACUGCUGGAGAGCUCUCAACUUAUACCUUCGAGCUUGAAUUGAAGGGAUGAAAUAGAAUUAACUUUGGCGAUUAUCUUUAUAUUCAAUUUCCAAGGGACUUUGACCCUUAUAUUGGAGAUUCUGAGCAGUCCUAUCGUGACUAUCCAUAG